CACGCACGCACGCACGCAUCCGCCAUGCCACCGAAAACCAGCGGUAAAGCAGCCAAGAAAGCCGGCAAAGCCCAGAAGAACAUUUCCAAGGGCGACAAAAAGAAGAAACGCAAGAGGAAGGAAUCGUACGCAAUCUACAUUUACAAAGUGCUCAAACAAGUGCAUCCCGACACCGGUAUUCCGAGCAAAGCGAUGAGCAUCAUGAAUUCGUUUGUAAACGAUAUUUUUGAGCGCAUCGCCGCCGAAGCGUCGCGUCUGGCGCACUACAACAAACGUUCGACCAUCACCAGCCGGGAAAUUCAGACCGCUGUGCGACUGUUGUUACCCGGUGAACUCGCUAAGCACGCCGUCAGCGAAGGCACAAAGGCCGUCACCAAAUACACCAGCUCCAAGUAAACGACCGCGCACGAUGACGUGUUUUUGCCAAAAACAAAAAUCGGUUCUUUUCAGAACCACAAAAUCGAAAAUUUUACGGAAAAAAAAAACACAAAAUUUUAUAUAUGAACAUUUGUUUUGUAAUUGUAAAAUAUAUCGUAAUAAUGGUAAAAUAUUAUCGUUAUUAUUUAAUAUUUGUAUGUUUAUUCGUUUAUUCGUCGAUUAAAAUAAAAAUGUGUUUGCA